AUGCAUAGGACAAGGUACUCUAUGACCGGCACGACUACUCUGCAAAGUUUUAAUAUUUAUUCAAAAUCUUCAGAAAAGACAUUUUCGCUGAUCAAUGGCAGCAAGCGCACCAUCAAAUCUGAUUCAAACUCGUUUGAGUGUCUAAAACGUUUCAAACAAAGCACCAAAAUCGAUGCUUCUCCGGCCAAACAGGCUCGUCUCUCUUCUGCCACCGACGUUUGCCGCGGUGAUGGAUGCGAUUACGAUGCAGAUGCCUGUGAAUCUGACGGGAAGUUAUGCACCCCUAUUAAUGGUGGGACCUUGUUGGCGGUGCUCAACGAUUGUUCUGUUGGCCAGAAAGAACAAAAGCAUGAUUCUUAUACUUGCGGCUCUGCUUCAAAGGAUUUUGGUAGCACAGAGAAUUUAAUUGAGAUUGCGGAAAAGCAUAAUUCGCAUAGUUGCCCUGAUCGUCCUACUCAGCAGACUUCGACUGUCAAAAACCUUGAAGAAUUUUCAGAUCAAGAGGAAGAGGAUGAAGAUGAAGAAGACGAUGAAGAGGAGGCCGAGACUGAGGAACGAGAUAAGGUAGACAGUGAAGAAAGUAUAGGCGUCGUGGUAAAACCGCGUGGCCGACCUCCACUAAAUGGGCUUCAGGUUAAAAGGGCUCAUUCUCCGAGUAGUGCAUCUAGACGUAUGAUCCGUAGACGCCGACAUAACUGGGGUCCGUUGGGCACUAAAGCCAAGCGACGCAAGCAACCUUUACUGCAGCAACCUCUGUCGAGCUCUUCUCAGCUUGAUGACUAUAACUGUUCUAUCCAAGACAAAUCAGCAAGCAAUGACAACAAUUCAACUCAAAUUGUGUCUGCUCACUCUGUCCUCGCCUCAUCUUGGGUUCCUGCUGAGCCCAAUAACUCAGGAAAACGGGUUGACUGUGGUGAGCGUCGGACAUCAGGACUGUCGCCGAUUAGAGAGAUCACUGGUGAACCCGAUCUUGUGCAAGAGAGAGAGGAUGAGCACUAUGAUGAGUCGGAAUUAGACGAAUAUAUGGCAUACUUGGACGAGCUAAGCUCUGAUGAUCAGCCAAGUGAGGAACCACUAGGCGCCUGUCAGUCUGAUGCAUUGGUGGUAGCUGAUAGACAAUUCCGCAGGACUUUUGAAACACCAGUUCGUUAUGCCUGCGAGUGGGAUAAUUGCUCUGAUCUCUUCGACUCACCCAAAUCGGUAUGUAACAAAAUUACCCAUUAA